UUGAAAAAAAGAAAGACAGUAGAUUACCUCGCCGUGCUGUUCAUUCUGGCUGCUAUAUCGGUUUUGCACAACAACGCCAGCAAUUUUAAGCUGCUACUCUGCUGCCAUUAAGCACCAUACCCUAUUUAGAUUUGUCUAUGGCAACACUGACAACGUUUACAUUCCAAAAUUACAAGGCCAAGUAUAAAGACACUGUCUCAAAAAAAAUUAUAAAAGUGCACUGUUUGUUGAGUAAACCUGCCGUUCUGUUUUCUACAAUCAACUCUUCUCUUAUCCCCCGGGGCUACUACCUAUCAUGAGAUUCAGAAUCUACAAGAGGAAGGUGGUAAUACUGACUCUGGUGGUUGUAAUUUGUGGGUUUGCAUUUUGGAGUAGUGGGAAACAGAAAAAGACAAACGCUGACUUCCCCAAGGAGGAUGAGACAGUAAAAAAAAUCAGCAGUAGCAGUCAAACACAAGCCACAAUUCCAGUGUCACAUAAACCAGUCAGUGAGACACUCCCAGAAAAACAACCUGCUGCCAAGCCUGAAGUAGACAACACCACUUUGGUUUACAGAGGGAUUGUGUUUCAGCACAACUUUGACCAAACUUUAAGAAACGAGGAGAAGUUUGGGUCAGUGCGGCAGAAGGAUGACCUAGUGGUUGUAGUGCAGGUGCACAACCGCCCUGAGUACCUGAGAUUGUUAGUGGAGAGCCUUAGGAAGGCAAGGGGCAUUGAGAAUGUCUUACUCAUCUUCAGUCAUGACUUGUGGUCACCAGAGAUCAACCAAGUGGUAGCAUCCAUUGACUUUUGCCUUGUCCUACAGAUAUUCUUCCCCUUCAGCAUCCAACUGUACCCUCAAGAGUUCCCAGGGAACGACCCAAGAGACUGCCCCAGAGACAUUCCCAAGAAGGAAGCCUUAAAACUGGGCUGCAUCAAUGCAGAGUACCCAGAUUCUUUUGGCCACUAUCGUGAAGCCAAAUUCUCCCAGACCAAACACCACUGGUGGUGGAAGCUGCAUUUUGUCUGGGACAGAGUUCGUGUGCUUAAGGACCAUAAAGGGCUGGUGUUGCUAAUUGAGGAAGACCAUUACCUGGCCCCAGACUUCUACCAUCUCCUCAAAAUGAUGAUGUCCCUGAAGAGGGAGCAGUGCCCUGACUGUGAUAUUUUAUCAUUGGGGAGUUACGGGCACAUUGGAUAUUCCAGUAAAGCAAAUCGGGUGGAAGUGAAGGUCUGGAAAUCCACGGAGCACAACAUGGGCAUGGCGCUGAACAGGGAGACCUACCAGAAACUCAUUGAGUGCACAGAUGCUUUCUGCACCUAUGAUGACUACAACUGGGACUGGUCAUUGCAGCAUCUCACAGUGGCCUGUCUGCCCACAUAUUGGAAGGUCAUGGUGAGUGAGGCGCCACGAAUCUUUCAUGCCGGAGACUGUGGGAUGCACCACAGGAAAGCGGUGUGUAUGCCCUCUGGCCAGAAGACAAAGAUUGAGAAUAUCCUCCAGAGCAGUGGGAACCAGCUGUUCCCAAAGAGCCUACUUAUCACUAAGAGACUGCCAGCUCCAGGAGCUGGGGGAGUGGCCCCACAUGUGAAGAAUGGAGGUUGGGGUGACAUCAGGGACCAUGAACUCUGUAAGAGCUACAUUCGGUUACAGUGACCUUACUAUAUCUUUUACUUCUUUUUUGCAUCCAAUGAAAGCCUUUAAAAAAUCUUUGUGGACUAUUUCUUCAUAUUGCCUG